GGGGAUUCCCCCGCGCCCCGCGUGGGGUGCAGCGCGUAUGGUAACGAGGCGCCGCCCCGGGCGGGGCCGCUCCCGCCGCCGCCUCCGCUUCCCCUUUCGGGCCGCGCCGAGCCGCGCCGAGCCGAGCCGGUCCCGUCCCGUCCCGUCCCGUCCCGUCCCGUCCACGGCCCGGCCCGGCCCGGCCCGUCGCGAUGAGCGCCCAGCCGCGCCGCGUGCGCCUGCGGCCCUGGCUGCUGGCGCAGGUGGACAGCGGCCGCUUCCCGGGGCUGCGCUGGCUGGACGCCGAGCGGCAGCUCUUCUGCAUCCCGUGGCGCCACGCCACGCGGCACCUGCCCGCCCGCCACGACGAGGACACCGUCUUCAAGGCCUGGGCGCAGGAGACGGGCAAGUUCACGGCGGGGCUGGACGAGCCCGACCCGGCCAAGUGGAAGGCGAACCUGCGCUGCGCGCUCAACAAGAGCCGCGACUUCCGCCUGCGCUACGACGGCACCAAGGACACCCCGCUGCAGCCCUACAAGGUCUACGAGGUGUGCGAGGCGGCGGCCGGCAGCGCAGGGACACCCUGGGGGCCCCGUGCCCCGUACGAGCCCCUCUCUCCCUUGCAGAUGCCCUGGCCGAGGAUGACUACUGCUGCGUCGAGGAGGAGGACGUGAACCAGGUACCCGGGGGUCAGGGGAGCCCCGGGUGCCCCGAGCCAGGGCUGUGGGGCACCGGGUCCCCGCCGACGUCCUGCUCUCUGCCCCUGCAGCUCCAGAAAAUGAUGUCCCUGAGCAUUGAGGACCCCCAGCACGGCGCCGACCUGCUGCCCCCCUGCCCCUGGCCCAAGGAGGAGACCCCCUUCGGCAGCACCGGCGGCGAGGGGCCCUUCGUGCCGCUGGCUCCCCCGGCGCUGCUGCCCACGGAGGCGCCGGGCGCCCUGGGGCCCCCACCUGCCUGCCCGGUGCCCCACGCCGAGCAGUUCAUCCCCAGCCUGCUCGUCAGCCCCCACAUGCUGCCGCUGACCGACCUGGAGAUCAAGUUCCAGUACCGGGGCCGGCAGGUCUGCGCGCUCACCAUCAGCAACCCCCACGGCUGCCGCCUCUUCCACAGCAGCCUGGAGCCCACGCAGGAGCAGGUGGAGCUCUUCGGGCCGCUGACGCUGGAGCAGGUCCGCUUCCCCGCCACCGACGCCAUCCCCAACGAGAAGCAGCGCUUCUACACCCACCAGCUCCUGGACGCGCUCGACCGCGGGCUCAUCCUGGAGCUGCAGGGCCAGGACCUCUUCGCCAUCCGCCUGUGCCAGUGCAAGGUCUUCUGGACGGGGCCCUGCGCCUCCGACCACGCCGGCCCCAACCCCAUCGAACGGGAGAAGAAGACGAAGCUCUUCAGCCUCGAGGGCUUUCUCAAUGGCCUCAUCCUGUUCCAGAAGGGCCAGACCACCACGCCGCCCCCCUUCGAGAUCUUCUUCUGCUUCGGCGAGGAAUGGCCGGACCAGAAGCCCAAGGAGAAAAAGCUCAUCACGGUGCAGGUGGUGCCAGUGGCGGCGCGGCUGCUGCUGGAGAUGUUCUCCGGCGAGCUGUCGUGGUCGGCCGACAGCAUCCCGCUGCAGAUCUCCCACCCCGACCUCAAGGACAGGAUGGUGGAGCAGUUCAAGGAGCUGCACCAGCUCUGGCAGAACCAGCAGCGCCUGCCGCCCGCGCAGCCGCCCGGCGCCGCCUGGGCCCUGCCGCAGUGACGGCCCGGCCGGCGCCGCGCCCCGGGGAGAGGGGCCGCGCGUCCCGUGAGGAGGAGGAGGAGGAGGGCAGCGCCGCACCUCCAGCGCCUCUGCUCGGCCCGCGCUGCCGGAAUCGCCAGAGAGGCUGCGGGAGCGCGGCCGAGCUUUCCCCACCGCCCCCCUCUCGCGCCGCCGGCACGGGGCGCCUCGCCUUCGCUCUUUUAUUCCUCUCUUUUUUUUUGCUCACUCAAGGCAUAAAUCCCGGGAGCUGCCGGCAGUGCGCGCGGGCAGGAGCUGCACCGAGCCGGGCAACGCCGAGGAGCAGCUUCCGCUCCAGCAGCCGCCAGCCGCUCUCGGCGGCGGGCAAGGGGCGGCCAGAGCCAAGAACCAGGCCGGGGACUUACGUUUUUAAUUUAUUUUUUUUUCGUUUUUGUGUUUUAUUGUUCUCGAGAUGGCUACAACACCAGACGGAACAGCAUGCGCUCCAGCAACGCCCGCGCGGGGCCCUGCUCGGCCGGGGGCAGAGCCCCGCCGGCAGCCUCCCAGCCCUGUCCUGCCCUCGCUCGAGCCGUCUCCUCCCCUGCACGGUAAAACCCCAAAGCAACCAAAUAAAAAUUAAAAAAAAACAAAACAACAAACUAAAAAGAAAAAAAAUAUAAUAUAUAUUUAAAGUCUGUCCCGCCUGCGCCUUCUCCAGGUGGCUGCCGCUGUGCUUCCCCCCCUCGCCGGGCCGCGGGCAGGGGAGGCAACGGCCCAGAGCGCGGCGGCGGGGCCCCCGGCAUCCCCCCACCUGCCCGGGAGGGGACGGGGGGCCCCGGGACUGCCCGAGGUGGGAAGGACCUGCAGCUGCUUGCUUCUGCUAGAUAUAUUUUAAACCCCAUCUUUCCUUAAGUAAUUUUUAUUUUUCAUUUCACAGAAAGUUUUCUACUUUGUUUGUACUCUUGUUUUGCUGCCAGGCAAAUUCGUUUUCUUCCACUGUUUCCUUUUUUUUUUUUUUCCCUCUCUUUUUGUUGGUGGUUUGUUUUCCUGUUUCGUUAGCUGUUGUUUGGAAGCGAGUCCGUGGGGAAAGCAGCACCCCCCACCAUGCCGUCGGGCGGGCUGCAGCCAUCUCGGUCGCGUCAAAGAGUCGUCCUCUUGCGCGCAAGCGGUAACGGCCCUGGCUCGCCGGCAGCGAGCGGCUCCCCUGGCUGGUGGGAUGCGCUGGAGCGGGGGAGAGCCCUCGGCCGCGGACGAGUUUGCUGAUUGUGGGACACGUUCUUGUUUUCGUCGUUUCCUGUCUUCUAAUUAAAGACGUUCCUGGGAGGGAA